ACCAACAAUCAAUACUCCAAACCCACUGCAACACCACCACUUGCUUCAAGUAGCCAUGGUUGUCUAUCUUAUUUUGUUUUUUUCUUUGGGAUUUUUCAUUCUCUCUUUCUUCUCCCCAUUAAUACACCAAGAAUUGUUAUUCUCUUGUCUCUUUAAUAAACCAUCAUCAUCUACUUAUGCCCCUCCUUCUCACCCUUUUAUUGGCUGCUUAAUCUCUUUCUAUAAAAAUCGCCACCGACUUCUAGACUGGUACACUAAUCUUUUAUCGAGUUCACCUAGCCAGACCAUCUUGGUCCACCGGCUCGGUGCACGUCGCACUUUUGUCACAGCAAACCCGGCCAACGUUGAGCACAUACUCAAGACUAACUUCAACAACUUCCCGAAAGGUAAACCCUUCACUGAAAUUCUUGGUGACCUUCUCGGUUGCGGUAUAUUCAACGUUGAUGGUGAGUUAUGGAGCGCGCAGCGCAAGUUAGCUAGCCAUGAGUUCAGCACCAAGUCGUUGAGGGAAUUCAUCGUUAAAACACUUCAAGGAGAAGUGGAAAAUCGACUGAUACCCGUGCUUGAAGAUGCAAUGGAGAAUGAAAAAGUUUUGGACUUACAAGAUAUAUUAAAGAGGUUUGCAUUUGACAUUGUGGGUAAGGUUUCUUUGGGUACUGAUCCGUUUUGUUUGGAUCUUUCAAAAUCAUUGCCGCCCCUUUUUGAAGCUUUCGAUACAGCGUCAGAGAUUUGUGCCAUGAGAGGAACUGCCCCCGUUUAUUUGAUUUGGAAAUUAAAGCGAGUCUUUAAUGUAGGCUCCGAGAAGAAACUCAAAGAAGCUGUCAACCUCGUUCACGACUCCGUUUUGGAAAUCAUUCAAAAAAAGAAGAAUGUUCUUGAAAACGAAUCGGAAAGAAAUUGCGAUGAAGACCUUUUGUCGAGAAUGCUGUCAGCUGGACAAAGCGAGGAAGUCACAAGAGACAUGGUGAUCAGCUUCAUAAUGGCAGGAAGAGACACCACAUCCGCCACAAUGACGUGGCUUUUCUGGUUGCUUUCUGAAAAUAAAGCCCUUGAAAAGAUGAUUAUAGAUGAAGUAGAAUUAAUCACCAACAAUGGAGAAAGGCCAUUAGAUUUUGAAGCUUUAAAAGAGAUGGUUAUUUUGAAAGCAUGCUUAUGCGAGUCCAUGCGGCUUUAUCCUCCGGUUGCAUGGGACUCCAAACACGCCGCCGCUGACGAUGUUUUGCCCGACGGCACGCGAGUGCGUAAGGGAGAUAGAGUCACUUACAUUCCUUACGGGAUGGGAAGAAUGGAGGAGUUGUGGGGGAAGGACUGCUUGGAGUUCAAACCUGACCGAUGGUUUAACGAACCGGGUUCAGAAAACAUUGUGUUGAAAUCCGUUAGCCCAUAUAAGUAUCCGGUUUUUCAGGCCGGUCCAAGGGUGUGUCUCGGGAAGGAAAUGGCUUUUAUUCAGAUGAAGUAUGUGGUGGGUACGAUACUGAGGAAGUUUGAGAUUGAACCGGUUUGCGAGAAGCGGCCGGUUUUUGUUCCUCUUUUAACGGCUCAUAUGGCUGGAGGGUUGAAGGUUUUAGUCCGCGGAAGGGCCAAAAUGGUGAGUCCGUGAUGGAUUUGUCAUACAAGUUGGAAUGAUAUUUUAUUUUGUAAAUUGUGGCCAUCGGCUCAACACUUUAUUAUUUUGUUUAGAAAUAUAGGUUUAAAAUAUAUAUUGUUAAAUGGGGAAUAGAUAUGUUACCAAUGGGGAAUAGAUAUGUUACCUUGUAAUAUAUAUAUAUUUUUUAACGUUGGUCAACAAAAUUCUAACUCCUGAGCCUCAGGCUUCAGAGUUUUUUUGUUUUGGUAAUUCCAAUGGAACUACACAAAU